AUGUCUCCUAUCAGGAAAGUUGCUUUGGCGGGGGCCAGCGGCAACCUCGGACAGGCCAUCCUAAACCAACUUCUCAAGCACUCCUUUCAAGUCACGGUUUUGAGCCGACUCCGCAGCACCCACACUUUCCCUCCAUUGGUCAAGAUCCGCCAUGUUGACUACGGCUCUCAGCCCUCGCUGAUGACUGCUCUUCACGGGCAAGACGCCAUUGUUUCGACCUUGCCGCCCAAUGCUCUCGACCACCAGCUCCUCCUUAUUGAUGCUGCAGCUGCAGCCGGCGUCCGACGCUUCAUUCCCUCCGAGUUCGGCUCCGAUACAAGCAACCCCAUGUGCGCUGCCCUACCGGUUUACCAUUCCAAGAUCGAGACGCAAAAGCGCCUAGCGGAUAGAUCCGGCCUCACAUACACGAUCAUCUGCACCGGCCCGUUCCUAGACUGGGGAUUAACGCACGGCUUCAUGAACAUCCAGAACAAGACAGUCACUCUAUACGGCACCGGCGAUCACAUCUUCAGCACCACGACGCUAUCGACUAUCGGCCGGGCUGUCUGCGCGGUGUUAGCGCGUCCGGCGGAGACGGAGAAUCGUGUGAUUCGGGUGCAUGAUAUUGCAACCACGCAGAAUCAUCUGUUUCAGAUGGCGCAGAAGGUGGUUGGUUCGGAUGGCUGGGUGGUGCAGCGGCGGUCGGUGGAGGAGAUGUAUGAGAACUCGUGGACGGCGUUUCAGCAGGGAAGGCGGGAUGUGCAGACUAUGUUGGGGUUUAUUGUUACUGCUGCGUGGGGGGAGGGGUAUGGGGGGCGUUUUGGGAAGACGGAUAAUGAGAUGUUGGGGAUUUCGGAGAUGACGGAGGUGGAGGUUCAGGGGGUGGUUGAGCGGUUGGUGGAGAAUAAUUGCUGA